AUGGCGUCUCCAAUACCCUCAAUGAGCGCACUGCGUGCCCUCCGACAAUCGUUACAGCCUCAAGUCCAACAAACGACCCAAGUACGACAUGCGACACUUCUCCGCCGACCAAAGCGACCCUACACCUUCACACAACUCAUAACUCUCUCCGACGGCAGCUCAUUCACCGUACGAACCACAAACCCACAGCCAGUAUACAAGAGCGCAAAGGAUAUACGGAAUUCGCCGCUAUGGAACCCAAGUUCACAGAAGCUGUUGAAUGUGGAGGAGGAUGAAGCUGGAAGAUUGGCCUCUUUCAGAACCAAGUUUGGACGAGGAUGGGACGCUGAUACUGAUGCCGAGAAGGGCAAGCAGACGGAGGAUCAUCUUUUAGAUCUGAUUAGCAGCCAGGGCAAGCCGCCAGGCAAACCAACCGAUGCCACCAAAUCACCACCUGCGAAAGCGCCUGCAUCGGCGCCUGCAAAGCCAGCUGCAAAGAAAUAA